AUGUCAAAAAAUGAACAAGAAAAAACAACUUCUUCUUUUACGACUUAUUUAUCGAAUAUCAUUAAAUAUAUAAAUAAAUAUUAUUUAGAACAUUCUCUAUUAACUGAAACAUUAUCUAUUUUCGGUAUAUUUUUCUUAACUGAGCUCAAAGAGAUAGAAAUUCCUUUGAUUUCAGGAGUCAUCGAAAUUGAUCAAAUUAAAUUCGAUCAAAGUGAACGAUGUGUAGCUAUUCUUAAACUUGAAUUGGAUCACCACAAAUUAUUUGAAGAAAUGAUUAAUUUGCAAUCAACAUUUAAAGAGAUUGCUUCCUAUCGUGAAUCCCUUUUUGUUCAAAUGCAAAACUUUGUUGGUGUUGGUGGUCGUAACUUCAAUGAAAUUGAAGAAAUAGACGAAGAAUAA